GUUCAUUUUACAGUCAUUUCACAGCGCAAAGCCGAGAAAAGAACGUUCGAAAACCAUGUGCCAGAUCGUGAGUGGCAAUCGGAGUGACGUCGAAGACUUGCCAACGUCACUCCCGGCACGCCGACUCAUGCGUAGGCCUCACUUUGUAGGAAGCAAUUCCAAGGAUAUUAUGCUCUGUCCGGUGAUGGGCAAACUCGCUCUGCCGCCCGACGAGUUCGAGAAGAAGAGGAAAACCGGCCCGUCCGUCCCGCCGCCCAUUCCGUUUUUAGCCAAAGAGGAGAAACAUUCUUGCUUGAUUUGUUCCCACUUUGUCGAAGAUGCAUCGCCUUCGCCUACCAACACCGAAGUCACCGUCGUAUCAGUUUUCAAGGUACUUCGCCGAUCAACUCAGCCGGCUCAUUUCCUCGUCAUGUCUACAGUCAUAGCCUUGGCUAUGAUUUUUUAUCCGGGUAAAACGAGCUUCGUGAAGCUUGAUAUUCAAACGCCCGUCGACUCUACUUUAUGGCCGCUUCUCUAUCUCUCGUCUUUCAGCAUAUUGUUCGGAGCCCAAAUGUGGAUGACGUUCGUUUCAGGCCUCGUUCUACUUUUCAUUUUGCCUCGUCACACCUUCGCCUGUGUGCAGAGUGCACUUUUUCCAAAGUACAUGAUUCUCAACGGUGUCACCGCCUUAGCCGUCCUCAUCAGCUUCGUACAAACGAAGAAAGUGUGGUCUGCACAAGAGAACUACCAGGUUAUGGGACUGACGGUGAACUGCUUAUGUCCACUUAUUGCUCGCAUAAUUGUGGUCCCAAGUUUACUUGAGCGCAUCAAAGCUAAAGUGAUUCUGGAAAGAGCUGCUGGACACGGACCGGAAGCCGGACCGAAGCUGACAUCAGCCACGGACGCACUGCUGCAGCAGUGCUCCACUUACCGUCGAACGUGUCAACGUUUCCGCCAACUUCACGCCAUCGUAGCCAUCGUUAACAUCGUCACGCUUGCCUGUAACGCCUUCCACUUAUACUAUCUCGCCUCGAAAAUCUCUUUUCAUCACUAACUCCGAAAAAAAAAACAACAACAACAAAUUGAGCUCUAGCUAACUUGAAAUCUACAUUUUUUCUCAGCAAUUGUUUUUUUUUUUUUUUUUUUUUACUCUCCUGCGCCCAUUAAUAACUUUGCAACAAAGUAAAAAGAUGCCAUAUAACAAACGACUGGAUAUUAUUUAUGCAAAUUUUUUAUCAUAUAGGUGUAUUGUAGCUUUUUUUUUUUGGGGUUUGUUUGUAUUUCGUACGUGACAUUAAACACAUGCGAUAGAAAGAGAAAACAAACUGAACAUUUUUUUAAAAACCUAAAUAACAAGGAAAAUAUUUUUCGUGGACGAUUAAUAAAAAGACUUAGCUUUCUGCUUCA